CUACACAUCCUCUUCAAUCUCACAUGCCAUUUGGCAAAAUAAUCUACUAUAUGCUUUAUCAAUUACAUCACUGCGGUUUGUUAUGCUGAGAAUAAUAAUGUCAUUGCAAUUACUGCAGCAAAUGAUCCAAUUAACGAUCCAACGUUGACAACAACUCCUCAUCAAAUUACAUUCAUUAUAUAAUACACUGCACCGUUCUUCUUAUCUCUAUGCAGAGAUUGCAGGCAUGGAUCUUAAAAUACCAAUAGAUGACCAAUUCUCCAAGUUGCAUCCUUCAUUACCAUUAAGCACCAGAAUUGGAAUAGUUGGUGCUGGUCCAAGUGGUUUAUCAGCUGCAUAUGCACUCUCUAGACUUGGUUAUAAUAAUGUCACAGUUUUGGAGAAACAUCACACAGUUGCUGGCAUGUGUGAAUCAGUAGAAAUUGAAGGGAAAAUUUAUGAUCUGGGUGGGCAAGUUCUUGCUGCAAAUAGUGCUCCAGUCAUCUUUCAUCUCGCGAAAGAGACAGGAUCCGAACUAGAAGAAAUGGACUCACACAAGCUUGCUCUCAUUGACCCUUUCUCUGGAAAGUUCCAAGAUGUUAAUGUUGCUGAUGAUUAUGUAUCUGUUAUGACACUUACUCUGGAUAUUCAGGAAAAGGUGAAGAACUCUAAGCAUUUUGGGAUCCAUGCUGUUAGCCAAGUUGCUUCAGACUUAACUACAGAUUAUCUUGAGAGUCAUGGACUCAAAUCUGUUCCUAAAUCUGUGGCUUAUGGUUACACUGCCUCAGGAUUUGGAUUUGUUCAAGACUUGCCUUAUGCAUACAUUCAUGAAUUUACUAGAACAUCAAUGGCCGGAAAAAUUCGACGCUUCAAAGGUGGAUAUACAAGUCUAUGGAAGAAGAUUGCUGAAUCACUUCCCAUAAAACUUCAUUGUAACACUCAAGUGUUGGCCAUCAGACGUAGCUCUGAAAGUGUCAAAGUAACUGUCAAGAGAUUAAAUGAAAAUGAAAAAACCAUGGAGUUUGAUAAGAUCAUAAUCUCUGGUAAUUUUCCAUUAAGAUAUGGAAGAACUUAUGGAUCAGUGCCUUCAGCUUUCACAGAUUCUGAAGAAGAAGUCAUGGAUGCAACUGAACUUGAAAAGGACUUGUUCAGCAAAGUAGAGACAUUUGAUUACUACACCACAGUGUUUAAGAUUAAAGGAUUUGAACAUCUUCCAAUUGGGUUCUUUUACUUUGGUGAAUACAUGGAAGAUCCCAACACCAUUGGAAAUCCUGUUGCAAUGCAGAAGUUUUAUGAUGACAGUGACAUAUUCUUGUUCUGGUCUUAUGGCAACUCUUCUGAUAUUAAGGGACCAACUGUCAUCGAGCUUGCGAUUAAAGCGGUUGAAUCCAUGGGGGGAAAAAUUGACAAAUUCAUCCUUCAACGUCGCUUCAAGUAUUUUCCUCAUGUUAACAGCCAAGAUAUGAAAUCUGGUUUCUAUGAAAAGCUGGAGUCAGAACUUCAAGGUUCAAGGAAUACUUAUUAUGUCGGCGGCCUUAUGGCUUUCGAGCUCACAGAGAGAAAUUCAUCUUAUGCCAUGGCUCUCAUGUGUAAGAACUUUGCAACUAGCAGUGAUUUGCCAAUGUUCCCUUACACUAAGAGUUUGUUUCCACUACAAACUGAGUUCCAGAAAAAAGAGCCUAGAGAACUUGGUGAAUUGCCUGGGGUGCAAUUUCCCAAUUUGCCCUCUUUGAACAGCUAUUUGAAGCACUGGGGAGCUCAUCCAAUCACUCAAAACAGAACUCUUUAUUCUUGGAUAAAUGAAGAAGGAGAAGUUGUAUGCAAAAGGAGCUAUGGAGAACAAAAUUCUAAUGCUUCUUGUAUUGCUCAGAAUCUCUUAACAUGCCGAAAGCCAAUCAUCAAGCCCGGUGACAAGGUUCUCCUAGUCUAUGUCCCCGGUCUGGAUUUCGUCGAUGCCUUCUUCGGAUGCAUAAGGGCUAAGGUUAUACCAGUUCCUGUUCUUCCUCCAGACCCCAUGCAAAAAAGUGGACAAGCACUUGUGAAAAUUGACAACAUUGCAAAGUCAUGUGGCAUAGUGGCAAUUCUAUCAACAAAAGGUUAUCACUCAGCCGUGCGGGCCGGAUUUGUUAAAGGUCUAAUCUCAUUAUCCGGAAAAGAUGGCAAGUCUUCAGCUAGAUGGCCAAAUCUUCCAUGGAUGCACACUGAUUCUUGGAUCGACAAGUCAAAAAGUCUGGCUUCUGAAUAUGUAGAUGAUCAAUGUGAGGCUCAAGCUGGUGAUAUUUGUUUCUUGCAGUUUACGUCAGGUUCAACUGGGGAUGCUAAAGGAGUGAUGAUUACUCAUGGAGGCCUAAUUCACAAUGUGAAGUUGAUGAGAGGAAGAUACAAGAGCACCUCGAGGACCAUGCUAAUAAGCUGGCUUCCUCAGUACCAUGACAUGGGGCUCAUUGGAGGACUUUUUACAGCUCUUGUUAGUGGUGGAUCGGCCGUGUUGUUUUCACCAAUCACAUUCAUCAAGAAGCCAUUGUUGUGGCUUGAAACUAUGAGUAAGUACCAAGCAACUCAUAGUGCUGCCCCUAACUUUGCUUUUGAGCUGGUGAUCCGAAGGUUAGAGUCUAACACAGAUAAUCUUCAACAUUUAGACCUUUCCUCCAUGAUUUUUCUUAUGAUUGCUGCUGAACCAGUGAGGCAGAAGACUUUAAAAAGAUUUCUUGAGCUAACUGGUCCUAUUGGCUUAUCCCAAAAGGUGCUAGCUCCAGGAUAUGGCUUGGCCGAAAACUGCGUUUUCGUCAGCUGCGCAUUUGGACAAGGUAAUCCUAUUCUUGUUGAUUGGCAAGGAAGAAUCUGCUGUGGAUAUGUCCAGCCAGGAGAUGCUGAUGUUGACAUCAGAAUUGUUGAUCCUGAGAGUGGCGAAGAGCUUCAAGAAGAUGGAAAAGAAGGAGAGAUUUGGAUAAGUAGUCAAAGUUCAGGAAUUGGGUAUUGGGGAAAGGAUGAACUGAGCCAAAAAACUUUCAGGAAUGAGCUUCCAAACCAUCCUGGAAGAAACUUCACAAGAACUGGUGACUUGGGAAGGAUAAUAGAUAGGAAGCUAUUCAUCACAGGAAGAAUCAAGGAUCUGAUCAUUGCAGCUGGGAGAAAUAUAUACUCAUCAGAUGUUGAAAAGACAGUUGAGAAUUCAUCCGAAUAUCUUCGUCCCGGGUGUUGCGCUGUCAUUGGUGUCCCUGAGGAGAUUCUAUCAGCAAAAGGUAUUGCCUUGCCUGACGGGUCUGAUCAAGUUGGCCUCGUUGUAAUUGCAGAAGUAAGGGAUGGUAAAUCAGUUAGCAAGGAUAUGAUUGAGCAUAUUCAAACUCGUGUGAUAGAAGAACAUGGAGUUAGUGUUGCUUCUGUCAAGUUGAUCAAGCCAAGAACCAUCAGCAAAACAACAUCAGGAAAAAUCAAGAGGUUUGAAUGUCUCAAACAGUUUGCAGAUGAAACACUGAACUUGGUGCCACAACCUCUCUUGACAAAGAAAAAAUUGGUAAGGUCAUUUACUACUGGAACUUGUAAAGAUGGAAGAACACCAAGGUCCAAUGUAGCAAAAAACAAUCUUGGAACUAGCCAAAGAAUCAGCAACAAGGAAAUUGUGGAGUUCUUGAAAAAGCUUAUUUCUGAGCAGGCAGGAAUCCCAGAAAGUGACAUAUCAGUCACAGAUAACAUAACAUCUUAUGGUGUUGACUCAAUUGGUGUUGUCAAAGCAACACAGAAACUCUCAGAUUUUUUGGGAGUUCCGGUUGCAGCUAUUGAUGUCUUCACUACUUCUUGCAUUCAAGAGUUGGCUAACUUCUCAGAAAAUCUUCUACUCAAGUCUAAGCCACAACUUGUUAGCAAUCCAUCCAAUGCUUCAGAAGAAGAUAUAGAGAUUGCUGAAGUGGUUAUGGAUGUGUCCAAGACUCGCCAAUGGGGUAUUCGUUUACUUCAACUCCUAGCACUUUUUUAUAUUACUCUCAUGCUGGUUUUUCCUGCUUACAUAUCCAUCACUGCUUUUCUAAGUUUCAAUCAAAGUAUCAGUGCAUUAGUGGAAGGAAUUUCAUGGUCAAACUACUUAAUUUCUUUGACUUUGGCACCCCUUUCUUGGAUCCUAUGCAUUGUUUCUAGUAGCAUUUGCAUUUCAAUUUUUGGGAAUUCUUUCUUGAGGCCAAACUAUGCCCUUGUUCCUGAAAUCUCCAUCUAUUCAAUGGAUUUUAUCAAGUGGUGGACACACUAUAAAACUCAAGAAAUUGCUUCUAGAGUCCUAGCAGUACACCUCAGAGGAACAACAUUCCUUAAGUAUUGGUUUGAGAUGCUUGGUGCAAGAAUUGGAUCCUCAGUUUUGCUUGAUACAGUUGACAUCACAGACCCGUCUUUGGUCUCAAUUGGAGAUGAAGCUGUCAUUGCUGAAGGGGUUUUGAUUCAAAGCCAUGAGGUAAAGAACAGGAUCUUGAGUUUCAAUCCAAUUAGGAUUGGAAAAAGUUCUUCAGUUGGACCUUAUGCUGUUAUUCAAAAAGGUAGUGUUAUUAAAGAUGGUGCUGAGGUACAACCCUUGCAAAAGGUUGAAAAAGGACAGCAUGUGCUCAAGCCUACAAAGCUUAAUAAUGUUGAAGAGAGUGCAACAAUGCUAAUUACCACAGACAAAAAUGAACCUAGUGCUAUCUACCAAUUGAUGGGGAUCUAUGUCGUUGGCUUUGUAAGCUCUCUUGCUGCAGCCAUUACAUACUUUCUCUACACAAGGCUCUUCCAAAAACCAACAUCAUUCCAACACUUUUCAUUCAUGUGCAUAAGUGGGGCUUUCCACUGGAUUCCUUUCACUAUUAUUGCUUAUGCCACCAUGCUUUCUGAAUUCCCAUCAAGUGCCAUUGUAUUCACCAUUUCACUGGCAUGUGCUUACUUGCUUCAUGGUCUCAUUCUCAGCUUUCUCACAUGCAUCUUCAUUCGUCUUCUUCAUGGUCAAAAGCAAAACCACUUUAAAACAUGGCUUCGAAAUCAAUUGAGUCUUUCCUGCCACCUUAGAUUUGCAAAACUCCUCACAGGAACAGAAGCUUUUUGUGUAUAUUUGCGCCUCUUAGGUGCAAAAAUUGGCAAGCAUUGUUCUAUAAGAGCCAUCAACCCAGUUUCAAACCCAGAGCUCAUGGCAAUUGGUAAUGGUGUUCAUCUUGGUGAUUUUAGCAGAAUAAUCACCGGUUUCCAUUACUCAAAUGGAUACACUUGUGGAAAAAUAGAGGUUCAAGAUAACUCAGUUGUUGGAAGUCAAAGCAUUAUUCUCCCUGGUUCUCAUGUUGAAAAGAAUGUCAUUCUAGGAGCACUUUCAAUUGCUCCAAUGAAUUCCAUACUCCAUGAAGGUAGCAUGUACAUUGGAUCUCAAACAAGGGUUAUUACCAAAAAACCCACAAGUGGUUUAGAUGAACGAAUAGAAGAGAUGGACAUGGCUUACAAGAAAGUAGUAAGUAACUUGUCUGCAAAUUUAGCCACCACAACCAUGAAUGCUAAGGCAAGAUAUUUCCACAGAAUUGGAGUUAGUGGAAAAGGGUACCUAAAAAUGUAUGACAAAAUUGAUGGAAUUCCAAUGCACAAGAUUUUCCACCCUGGAAAGAGCUACCCUAUCUUGAUCCGACAUAGCAAUAGCUUGAGUGCUGAUGAUGAUGCAAGAAUUGAUGCACGUGGUGCAUCUCUGAAGAUACUCUCUGAUGAACCUGGUUCUAACAAUGCUCUCUUUGAUCUUACAUUGAAGACAGGCAAGGCAUUUUAUGCAAGAACUUUGGCUGAUUUUGCAAGUUGGUUUGUGUGUGGACUUGCUGCAAGAGAGGAACUAGUCAAGAAAUUCCCACAUCUUCGUGAAGCAGUGUGGAAUUCUCUUAGAAAUGCUAACUCAUAUGCUGAAUUGCAUUACUACUCCAACAUUUGCAGGCUCUUGCGCUUCAAUGAUGGACAAGAAAUGUACGUGAAGUUCAAGUUGAGACCCUAUGACAAAAGCAUUGGUGAGAACACAGGUAUGGUUAAGCCAAUUGGGAUUCUUCCACCAGAAACAGGUGCUAUUCCAAGGGAUGAAAAUGAUAAACGCCCUCUUCUUUUCCUUGCGGAUGAUUUCAAGAACCGCGUGAGUUCACCAGGUGGAGUUCAUUAUGUUUUCCAAAUCCAAGUUCGACCGGUGCCGGAUGAUGAAGCCACACGUGACGUUGCUUUGGAUUGCACAAGACCAUGGGACGAAAAUGACUUCCCUUACAUUGAUGUUGGAGAGAUCAAUAUCACUGAGAAUCUUUCUAAGGAAGAAUCAGACAUGUGUGAGUUCAAUCCUUAUCUCAAAAGCCAUGAGUUAGAUGUUAUUCCUGCUACUUCUAACUCUCAAAGUGCUUCAAUGGAUCAUGGUCGUUCAUUGAUCUAUGAGAUUUGCCAGUAUGUUCGCAACAAGCGACCGCUCCCAGAAUCUUGGAGGAACCUUAUUGAGCAAUCCGCGGUUAAGGUUGACUUAUCAUGUUGUCCAAUGGCGGCGGCGGCGGCGGCGGCAGCAUCAUUGCCUAAAAAGCAGCCACAAAAAGUAACAUUGGCAAGAACUUGGUAUCAAACUUUCUCAGCACUCUUCAUUCAACCAUUUCUUCAAACAGUUUUACCUCAUGCUGUGAUUGGUUUAUCUAUUUAUGCUCCCUUGUGUUGUAUUGUAUACAUAAAGAAUGCCAAUGGAUUCCCACUGCAUUGGAUGCUUCCAAUAUUUUGGAUUCUCUCAGGUGUUAUGGCUGCAUUGGCUUGUGUUAUAGCCAAAUGGAUUCUUGUUGGAAGAAGGAAAGUUGGUGAAACAAUGCCUCUAUGGAGCAUAAGGAUCAUCAUGGAUAGCACAUGGCAAGCCAUAAGAACAUUGAUUGGAGAUUAUUUCAUGGACAUGACAAGUGGUUCAUUUUUAUUUAUGGUUUGGAUGAAGAUGAUGGGUGCAAGCAUUGACAUAAUGGAUGAUGGUGUUUAUAUAGAUAGUAGCAUGGGAUCUUUGUUGAACCCUGAAAUGGUAAAGAUUGAGGGAGGGGGUUGUGUGGGAAGAGAAGCAUUGCUAUUUGGACACAUAUAUGAAGGUGAUGAAGGUGGAAUAGUAAAGUUCGGAGAAAUUAAGAUUGGUGAAGAUGGGUUUGUUGGGAGUAGAGCAGUGGUUAUGCCUGGUGUUCAUGUGGAGAAUGAGGGAAACCUAAGUGCCUUAACACUUGCCAUGAAAGGUGAAAUCAUUAGGUCAAGAUAAACACACGUAAUCAUGGUUUUGAAUUGCGGUUGUUGUUGUAGUUGUCGUUGCAUGCAUUGUAAAACUAUGAAAAAUUUACUGCGGCAGUUUAAAAUA